GACAGUCUGUAGAAUUCCCGAGGGUGGGAAUGGGAAGAAGACACAGAACAGAAGAAGUGAUCUCGUCGAUCGGGGACCGUACUGUUGUCCUCCACCACACUACUUUCACCGAGUCUGAGACUAACCAAAAAGCACAUACCAUAUAGGCAAUAAUGUGCUUCUAGCAUUAUAUAUAUAUAUAUAGAGACAGAGAGAGAGAGAUCUGUUACUCUUUCUCUCUCGACAUGGCUGAGAGGAGAGGUAACAAACGCACUUAUAUUCCAAUCUCUUCUUCUUCUGGAGACGAAGAAGAAGAAGAAGAAUCGGAGUCAGAAGAAUACGAUGACGAUGACGAGAUUGAGGAGACCAGCGCUUCAACAUCAAGCGGUGAUGAUGAUGAUGAAAGUGGGAGUGAGUGGAGUGAUGCCAAGAGGGAUGAACCCGAUGAUGAUGAUGAUGAUGAUGAGGAGGAGGAGGAGGAGGAGGAUGAAGAAUCUUCCAAUCUCGACAACGAUGAGUCUCUCUGCAACAACGUCAUCUGCCUCCUCCGAGAAAAGGGUGAUUUGCAAGAACUAAAGCUAAAGGAUUGCAAAUCUUAUUUACGGCAACAUGGACUAAGAAUAACAGGGACCAAGGUAGAAUGUAUACAGAGAAUUAUGGAGCGCUGGAGGAUAAAAGAUGGAAAUGCUGAAUCACUCUAUCCUAGAUCAUCCUUUGCCAUCAAUUGUACUGGUGAUGUCUGCAAAGGAGAUGUUGUUUUGUUUACACAGAAAGUAUACAAGAAGUUUGAUAAAAUGACAAGGAGCGGAAGUUUUCUUGGAAAGAGAACUAUUGCUGGGAGAGUUGUUAAGGAAAGCUAUGGUGCUGCCAAACAACAACAUACAUUUACAAUUGAAGUACUAUGGAGCAAGGGGAUUAAGAAAUUGCCUCCACUUUUUCCUUUACUUGUUAAGGGCCGUAACCUCUACAAGUUGAAGACUUUCAGACAGCCUUGGAAGAAUGAAAGGGAGAGACAGAAAGUCCUAGCUGAGAAACACCAACGAGGUGCAGCUGCAAGACUUGUGAGAUCAAUGAAGAAGACACAAAAGGCAUGCUCUAAAAAUAGGGGUGUUAAGCGACAGAAACAAUUUCAUCAAUCAAGACCAUCCCAAACGGGAAAGAAAACUGAACCGCAGAAAGGGAAGCAUAGUGUUGGACGUGGCAAGGCUCCAGAAAAACAUACAAAAUCCAAUAAUCAUCGUCGAAAGGCCCCUCCAGCUGGAAGAGCAAACUUGAAGAAAAAUCCGAACUCAAGAGCUCCUAAAACUUCCAUGAAGUAUCAAAACCCUACUCAUCCUAAUAAAGAUGGAGACCAAACGAGACAGUCAUUCGUUUGUUAUCCCCAAAAUUUUCACCAAUCUCAAAUGCAGUUGCGCCACCACCUCCAGUGGAGUGCACCUUUACACAUACCUAGUUAUGAGACAGGCUCUACUUCAUCUACUAUGAGGUUUCCUAAUUUCAGGCCUUAUUUGGAUCCAUCUGGUAUGCCUGUAACACAACAUCAAGGUUUGUAUAGAGGCUCUUACCCUCACCGUGCAUAUCCACAUCCAAGCCAUGCUUUUGAGUCCAGGAAUUUGAACCGAUCUUCAGAUUUGAGAACAUUUGUGGACUGUCAAAACCAUUUUCCAUGGGGAAGGUGGCAUACGGACAGAGGUGGAGCUUUGUAGAAUGGGUAGUCAGAGAGCUUCGUUGUUAAUACCAGUUAAAAAUGCAGCACUUGGACCGGGAAAUGCUCAGUGUACCAAUGGAAUUGGUUUUUAACAUUCAAAUCUUUGCUAGGUACACCUCUCUCUCUCUCUCUCUCACACACACACGCGUGCGCACAGAGAGUUACAUGGUAUACCAACAGCAAUUGGGAACUACAAUUAUAUUAACUGUUUUGGAUAUAUUUCCAGCUACAAAUUGUGUAUUAUAUAUAUGGGAGAGGCCGCUUUGCUGAAGAUGGAGUCGUCUGAAAAGUGGUUUUGUGACUUUUUCUUAAAAACCACAACAGAAAACAAAUUUUUAAUUUUUUUUUUCAUUCUUGGAACUGAUAUUGCCGGUAAAAAAUGAGAUUUUACUUGUACAAGUCAAGAACAAAAUUGUUUUGUCAUUAUUUUU